AUGAAUACUUUGUAAUCCAUAAUCUAGUAAAGAGUUUUGUAUUAAAUAAAUAAGCAAAAAAUAGAACCAUUAGAAUCCUUGAAUAUUACUUAUGUAAAUUGAAUUAUAAAGUUUAGACAUCAGCAACAAAGAUAAAAUUACCUUUAGAAGAUGCUGCUUAAAUUAGAAAAGUUAUGCAAGUAAUUUCAAUUUUAAGUAGGGUAUUCAAAGUGUUCAUUUUCAGAAAUAGCAAUCUGAAGCAUUAAUAUCAAAUAAUAAAGAGACCACUGUUAAUAUUGAUAACAAUAAUGCUAUGAUUUAACUUAAGAAUGAAGAAAAUAAAUAAGGUCCAUAAAAAGGAAGGUUUUUAGUAAGAAAUGAAUAUGGCAGUAAAUUGUAAUCUGAAAAUAAAAUAAUUCAUACAUCAGUUGUUCCAAAUAAAUAUAAUAAAAAUUAAAUAUCCUUUGGGGAAGAUGGUAAAAAGAUUAAAGCAGAUGAUAUUUGGAAGAGAAGGAAAGAUUAUGAUCAGAAAGUCAGAUAAUAUAAUUUACCAAAAAUAAAAGAAUAUAAUAGAUUUCAAAAUAAUAGUUUAUAAAAAUAAUAAUCUGGAUAGAAUAAUGCAGAAAUUCAAUUUUCAGAUAAUAAUAAAGAAGAUUUAGAUGAUGAUUUAUUGUAGGAAUAUAAUUAAAAGUAAUUUAUAUUAGAAUAAACUAGAUAUUAUAAAAAAUAACUCUUUCUUUGGAGCAAAAAAUAAAGAUAAUUUGAUAUAGAUUAUGAUGAUUUAUUAGAUUGA